GCACGUGUUGGUUCGUAAAAUGUAAACAACGUCCUCUCGGCACAACAACGGGCUAGUUUGCCGGGCUGUGUGCAUUGCCGCGUGUGAACAUUUUCAGCAUGGGUAAACGAAGGUUCAACGAAAAGGGUCGCCAAAAGGUGGAAACCAUCAUCGAUGAUUCGGAAACGAAGAAGAUCAAACUAGACUUCGCACCCGGCGACGAGUACGGAGGGCAGGACAACUCAAACGUGCUGGUACUGCCGUCAAAGAAGCGCGAGACCAAAAUCAAGAAAGACCGUACGGUGGUGACGAAAAUCUUGUCGAAAAAGCAACGCAAACGGCUGGAAAAGAUUGUCGACCAGAAGAAGAAAAAGGAAAAUCGCUCCUCGCUCAUUGCCUCGCUAGUGGCCGUGCAGGCGUCGAAGGACGACUUGAGUGGCUUUCGGAAGUUGAGCGAGGUGCAGACGAAAGGGUUGAAGCAACAUUUCAAGGAGCAGAAGUAUGGCGUUACCUACGUCAACAAUGCGAAGGAAGCGGGCGUGGCCAAAAUCAAAAGUUUGGUCGGUAGUCGCCGGAAGCGGUUGGCCUUACUGCGCCAGGCAGGUCCAGCAUCGGUGGAAGAGGUGGAAGGUGAAUAUGAUCCCAAUGUGGUCGGGUUGAACGAUCCCUCCUCGAGUGAAGAUGAAUCGGAGGAAGAAGUGGAAGAGGAAGGAGAAGAGGGAAACGAGCAGGAGGAAGAGGAGAGCGAACAGGAAUCCGCUCAAGAGGAUGAAAACGAAGAGGUAGACAAAAAUCAACCGGAACAAGAGUCGAUUACAGAGGAAAGUAGUAAAAAGGUAGAAAAUGCACCUCCCGAGGAUGUGAAGCAGCCCAAUGGCGAGAAAGAGAAGCCCACUGUCGUGGAUCGAAAACCAGCCACCUACAUUCACGUGGAGCGCGAUCCAGCGAUCCAAGCAGCCCGUUUAAAGCUUCCAAUUCUGGGCGAAGAGCAGAUAAUUAUGGAAACGAUAAGUGAAAACAAAAUAACCAUCCUAGCCGGUGAAACGGGAAGUGGAAAAACGACCCAAAUCCCGCAAUUCCUCUACGAAGCCGGUUAUGGCGAACGGGGGCUGAUCGGUGUUACCGAGCCGAGGCGUGUGGCAGCCGUCUCCAUGUCGAAGCGUGUCGCACACGAGAUGAACCUGUCGACCGACGUCGUCUCGUACCUAAUCCGGUACGAAGGCAACGUGACGGACAGGACGAAGAUCAAGUUCAUGACGGACGGUGUGCUGCUGAAAGAGAUCGAGGUGGACUUUCUGCUCAACAAGUACUCCUGCAUCAUACUGGACGAGGCGCACGAGCGGAGCGUCUACACCGACAUCCUCAUGGGGUUGCUGUCGCGCAUCGUUCGGUUGCGCGAAAAGCGUGGCAACAAUCCGCUGCGCGUAAUCAUCAUGUCGGCCACGUUGCGCGUGCAGGAUUUUACGGAAAACAAGAAACUGUUCCUGGACACACCACCCGUCAUUAAUAUCGAUUCGCGCCAGUUUCCCGUGACGGUGCACUUUAACAAAACUACGCCGGACGAUUAUUUGCGCGAAGCUUUUCUGAAGACGGUGAAAAUACACACCAAACUGCCGGACGGUGGUAUACUGGUGUUUUUGACCGGUCAGAAGGAGGUAAACACGAUGGUGCGCAAACUGCGCAAGAUGUUCCCAUUGCGCGGGGACAAGGAGGGCGUAAGGACCGGUAAGAAAGUGGAUGAGAAGAAGGAGGAGGUGGUGAGAGACGAAGAGGACGAAUUUGAUAAUGUGUACCGGGGCAAGCCGGCCCACAAACCGCCCAAAGCGAAAUCGAGCAAAAGGCAAAAACGUGAUCAGCUCCCCGUACUGCCGCAAAUUAACCUGGAUGCGUACGAUCUACCGCACGUGGACGAUACCGAGGGUGAUCGGGCGGAAGAGAACGACACGGCCAGUGAGCUGGACUCGGACGACGACGACGACGAGCUUAACGCGGCCAACCUUUCCGCCAGCGUGUCCGAACUGCGCAAAAGUCAACCGCUGUGGGUGUUGCCGCUGUACUCGAUGCUGUCGCCGGACAAGCAGCAGCUAAUCUUCCAACCCCCGCCGGAAGGCGCUCGGCUGUGCGUGGUCGCCACGAACGUGGCCGAAACGUCGCUCACCAUCCCGGACAUCAAGUACGUGGUCGACACGGGCCGGCAGAAGACGAAGCUGUACGACAAAACGACGGGCGUGACCGCGUUCGUGGUGACGUACACGAGCAAAGCGUCCGCAAACCAGCGUGCUGGGCGGGCGGGACGUGUCGCACCCGGGCACUGCUAUCGGCUCUACUCCAGUGCCGUGUUUAACGACGAGUUUGUAGAGUUUGCACCGCCCGAGGUGCAGCAGAAGCCCGUCGACGGGUUGAUGCUGCAGAUGAAGUGUAUGGGCAUUGAUAAGGUGCUGAAUUUCCCCUUCCCCUCGCCGCCCGAUCCGGUGCAGCUGAUGUCGGCCGAGCAGCGGCUGCUGCAGCUCGGCGCACUGGAGCAAGUGAUCGUCCGGAACGGUGGCCAGAAGGUGCAGAAGAAUCAAACGCUUACGCGCGUCACCGAGCUGGGGCGUACGAUGGCAGCCUUCCCGGUAGCGCCACGGUUCGGGAAGAUGCUAGCGCUCAGCCAUCAGCAUGCGCUGCUCCCGUACGUGAUCUGUCUCGUGGCGGCCCUGUCCGUGCAGGAAGUGCUGGAGGAGGUUUCGCUGUCGGAGGAGGCCAACAACACGGAAAGCGGUAAGCGCUGGCGCCAGAAGCGGAAGAUUUGGGCCGGGACGGGCGAAUCGUUGCUGCUCGGUGAUCCCAUGAUACUGCUGAAAGCGGUCGGUGCGGCCGAGCACGCCCACAGCAAGGGUGUGCUGGAAGAGUUUUGCACCGAAAAUGGGAUCCGGUUGAAAGCGAUCCGCGAAAUUCGAAAGCUACGCAUCCAGCUAACGAACGAGGUGAACGCCAACCUGCUCGGCAUGAACCUGGCCGUCGAUCCGGAUAUGGCACCACCGACCGCAACACAAAUCCGGCUUCUACGGCAGCUGCUGCUGAUCGGCAAUGCGGAUCAGAUCGCGCGCAAACUGCCCGAGAGUGACAUUAAGCUGAAGACGGAUGCGCGCAAGCUGAAGCAUGCGUACAAUCUGCCCAUGAUUGAUGAGCCCGUGUUUCUGCACGCGAGUUCCGUGCUGCGGCGGGAGCAGCCCGAGUGGGUAUGCUACCAGGAGGCGUACGAAGCGAUCGUACCGGGCGUCGUCGGGGAGGAGGGAAGCGAUAAGACGAAAAUGUUCGUGCGCGGCAUCACCGCCAUCGAGCCGGACUGGUUGCCCAAGUUUGUGCCGAACGUGUGCAACGCGAUCGACGUGCUGGAGGAACCGAUCCCACCGGCGUACAAUGCGGCCACCGAUACGAUCGAAUGCCACGUGAGGGCGACGUUCGGCAAGACGAGCUGGGAGUUGCCGGCGUCCGUGGUGGAGAUGCCCAAAAACAUGCUUCGAUGCAAAUACCUUUUAAAGUUUAUCCUGCAAGGGAUCGUUUUUAAGCAGCUGAAACCGUUCCGGAAAUCGUUACUUUCGUCCCCGGACUCGGUGCUGAAGCUGUACUCCACGGCCGUCCCCCGUAUCGAUGCGGCGUUGAAGGUGAUGCUGGCGAACGAGCUGUUCAAUGCGCAGCGUUUCCACGAGCUGUGGCAAGCGGAUCCAAAGUUUUUCUGCCGUGAAUAUGCUGACUUUCUGCCCGUUUCCUGCCACGAGGAUGUUGCCAAACUGUGGCCCCCGGUGGAGUAAACGUUCGUGCUAGAAACAAAGCGUAUCCCCCCGCAUUCCCAACCUUCGGGAAUGAUGCGUGUAUGCGCGUGUAUGUAUUAAAUUGCUUUGCGAAAGCAAACGA